AACAAAGAGUUCAAAAUGAAUGGCAAUUAUAUGAAUACAAAUGGAUAUUAUACGCAAAUGAAUGGAAAUGGAUAUAACGGAUACACUAUGGAAGUGGACGGGGAGGCAGAGUCUCGGAGAAUCAAAUUCUAUACGUCGAGAAUCAGUCCCGAGUGCCGAGCAGUCAAGAUGUUGGUCACUCACUUAAACCUACCCAUCCAUGAGAUAUACAUCAGACCUUACAUUGACACGACAACUGAAGAAUAUAAAAAGAUAUUUCUAAUCAAUAAGGACUACGUGGCCGGGGAUACCCUUACGAUCGCUGACAUCUCCCUGUUGGCCAAUGUUACUCUACUGGAAAUUGCAGUCGAGUUUGAUCUGAGCUCAUACCCCAACAUCUGGGGCUGGUUUAACCGAUUGAGACGAGAACUCAUAUAUUAUGAUAGACUGACUAAAGUAGCUCACGAUGAGCACCGGGAGCACAUCAAGAGUGUGAGGGAUGCUCACGAAGAAUGCAUACAAUUAUUGAUGCGAUUUGAGUGGUUUGACGAGAGACUGGCCGUUAAUAAUACGAAAGCAAAUAAAGUUUUGGUAUUAGAAGGUGGUCAGUGGCACGUCAACAGGAUAUGGACACCAUCUCUGCACAUACCUAACAACAAACAGCCAGAUAUUCUGCAAACUGGAGACCAGAAUCCAGUUCUCACACACAUUCAGUCCGAUGGCAAAGUUCUG